AUGUCCGGUCCAAGCUCUCAGAUGACAACAUACCCGGAUGUUGAUUCUGUGUUCAGGUCCUUGGGAACGUGGGGAAGAUGGCAGAUCUUUCAGCUAAUACUCAUUCAGCUACAGUAUAUAGCCCCUGACUUUCAUUUACUGGCCAUCGUGUUCCUGGGUUACGAGCCACCCUUUUCCUGUUUUGUUGUCGACAACACGACUGGGCUGUUAGAACACAAUGUUACACAUUACGUUCAGGAAGGCGAUUGUAAAGUGAGGAAUACUUGGACAAACGUGACGUCACCAUGUCACCAUGGCUACUGGUAUGAUGCGCCACUGGAGACGGCCACCAUCGUGACUGAGGGUAUCGUCAUGACAGGGAGCGUUCUGCCACUAGAGAUAAUCCCGGUAGAGAAGAGGGCCAUCGUGCACCUGCUCGGUACAGGAACCUGA